AUGAUAAGACAAUUUUAACGAAUUUGUGGAGUAGUUGAGAACAAAGACAUUAGAUAAAGCAAACAAAAUAAAGAAGCGCUUUAUUAAAUCUAAUAAUAAUAAAAUAUCAACAAAUAAGCACAUUUAGUAGAUGUAUAAAAUAUGGAUUUAUUUAAAACCUGGAAUUUUUAAACACAAAGAAUCAUAAUUAUCUCACAAAAUAAGCACUCCCAGAAAUUUACCAAUAUUUGA